GUGUCAAAACUGUAAUGUUAAAAGAUGAACUAAUUUAUUGAACUAAUUAUUUAUUGAAAUGUUUGUAAAGGUAUAAAACCGCGGGAAUAAUCAUUUGAGUUAGAUGAAGAAGCAUGGAACAAAAAUUUCAAGAAGCUUGCGAUAGAGCUAAAAAGUUCAUCAAGCGUCCACCGGAUAAUGAAUUAUUGGAACUUUACUCUUAUUAUAAACAAGCCGUUGUUGGGGACGUUAACAUCCCAAAACCAAAUGACCCAAAAGGAAAAGCCAAAUGGGAAGCUUGGAACAGUAGAAAAGGUAUUUUGCAACCGUUAGCGAAGGAAAAAUAUGUUCAAAUCGUCCACAAUUUAGCACCAAAAUAUGAAAAGUAAAAGUUUAUAAAG